CUCUGCCCACCAUGUUCUCCAGAUCCUCCAGGCUCGCUGUUCGUCAUAUCCGCCAACAUCCACUUGUGGCUCGACCAAGUCUGCGAGCAUUUACUGCUACGCCUACUAUUCGUACUGGCGAUUCACCGACCAAGUUUGCGAACAUCCUUGCCGGAGCGAACACACUUGCCGUACAGAUUAAGACUGUGAACUCGGAAGGCAUCCAACUCGAGGACGGGCUGAUUAUACCUUCAGCAUGCCUCUUCAUUGAAGGGAAAGUAUUUCUCUGGAAUGCGCCACCCACACCAUGGGACGAUUGGAAGCCAGAACACUUCGAGGUCUUCGAUGCAGUCAUCCCCAAGCCUGAGCUCGUGCUCUUGGGGACCGGACAGCGAGUGGUACCACCUCCCCCACACAUCCGACAAUACCUCAGCCAAAUUGGCAUUCAGAUAGAAGUCAUGGACACACGAAACGCAUGUUCAACGUACAACCUGUUGGCAGAGGAAGGCCGUCGAGUUGCUGCAGCUCUCCUUCCUCCUACGCCCCAAGCAUGGAAGUAGGCUCUUGUGAUAAGUUCACAAGAUCUAACAAGACGAGCCGACGCCCGGAAUUCGUGGGUAUCUGGAACAAAUUCAUAUCUCCUGAACGCGUGAAGAGUGGUUUGUCAUAGCUCGGGAACGUCUGUUGCUUUCCGCUUCCCCUUUCCUACGGUGUGAUCUGGUUCGUCCUCGUCGUCUUCCACCAGAGACGGCAAUGAUACUUUGACGGGCUGAAGAUUUCCUGUAUGACGUGUUGUAGGUACAAGAUGUCGUGGUAUCCAACAAUACAUUACAUAUGGACGUAUAAUCCGGAAGAAAGCACAUGCGACUUACCCUCUUCAUCCUUGAACUGGAUAAAAAGGCUUUCCCAAUUGACCAGUUGCUGCUUGAUAAUGGUGUCGUCUGGGAGCGCCUCAUACUGGCCAUUUGGCCUCCCCCGUUCCUUGUGAGCUCGCGCGAAAUCAAAGUCUUCUACACUUUCGAUUGGUGGGAUUGUCCACUCUGGCUCUUGUGGCGCACCGAACAUAUCGACGUCGCCGUCGCGAUCUCUCGAUAAAACAUCAGCUUUUAGUGCGCUCAGGGCUUCAGCUUUGAGGUCUCCUAUUGUUGUUUUCUCCGGUGUCGCGACUGUCGUGAGCACGGUCAGUUUGUGGGUCUUGAUGGUAAGAACGAACGUCUUCGGCUGGGUGCGAGGGGGCUAAGGGGAUUGUUAGCUCUAUCGAGCUUCAAGACACCCAUUGAUACGAACCAAGACCGGCAUAGUAGUUGGGUGCAGCAAACGCUAUGUGAAGGUCUGGAGUAGCAAUACGUGGUGGUUUGGGGUGAGAAGUUCCAACGCGUCGCGCGUUGAAUGGCG